CGUCAUGUGCGGCAGUUUGUUUGUCGUUCCUGCCUGGGUGCUGGUGAACAUCAAGAAGUGGAACGGUUCCGUCGAAGAGUAACUAACACCUUGAAAGCAUUAUAGUUACCGCUGAUCCUGUAGAACAAGCCAACCCAUUAUGCAGUCUUGCAGCACAAAAAAUACUCUGUGGUCUCCUCUGGCGAAGGAGUACAACCCACUCGAAGCCGGUUCCAUAGACAAAACAGACACAGUGCCCCACGACAACGCCGUAGCCAGGGCGAUGCUCGCCCACUACACACCUAAUCCAACCCUGAAAACCAAACCUGAGUACACGAUAUUUGUGGCCCGGCUGAAUCUGAAAACCAACGAAAGUGACCUGAGAAGAGUAUUCUCCGAGUACGGCCAAAUCCUUGAUUGCACCCUGGUCCGAGACAUCGUGACAGGCACCUCCAAAGGUUACGCCUUCAUAGAGUUCAGGUCAAGGUACUCAGUUGAUGACGCGUGCAGAAAAGCAAACAAGAUGGAACUCGACGGGCGCACCAUUUUCGUCGACAGAGAGAUUGGAAGGACGAUGAAAGGCUGGGUGCCAAGGAGGCUCGGAGGAGGUUUUGGUGGAAACAAAAACUCAGGCCAGCUCAGAUUUGGAGGGGUUGAUCGACCAUUCCUCAAGCCGAUUUUGAAAGAAGAGAAAAAAUUCCAGAGACACAAAUAAACUUUUUUAAAUACAUUCCAGUUGCAAUCUUGCCAAUCAUGGGACCAUAUUUUGUAACGAUUUAAUAUACAUUUUUGAUGGGAUAGCUCAAUACUCGCAGGAAAAGCUGUGUGUAGUUUGAAAUAAAUGUAAAAAAUUGGACAGA